UCCCGCCUUCUCCUUCGCCGCCUGCUGCUGCAGUUGCCCGUCUCGUCGCUCAACUCCCCCUAUCGGGCCACUCAGGUUCCCUACUAAGGAUCUCUCCUCGGGACCGGCUUUUUUUCGGCGGGGAUCUCCUCAAGCCGCCUCGUUUCCCUUGUACUUUUCUCUUUGUGUGUGUCCUGUGACUUUCUGUGGUUCGUCCUUCCUCCUUUUCUUUUUCUUUCCUCCUCCUCCGCUUCUCUCGGUGUUUUCCUUUGUUCUUGUCCUUGUUUUUUUUUUUUUUGAAAAGACGCACACGCGCUCGCAGCUCCUCUGUCUACCACUUCGCCGUGUCUUGUGGCGGGGAGUGAUGUUCCACGUGGAGAUGUUGACGCUGGUCUUUCUGCUGCUCUGGACGUGCGUCUUCAGCCAAGAUCCCAGCUCCAAGACGGUGGCCGAUCGCUAUGCCGUCUACUGGAACAGCACCAAUCCCAGAUUCCAGCGAGGGGAUUAUCAUAUUGAUGUCUGCAUCAAUGACUAUUUGGAUGUAUUCUGUCCUCAUUAUGAGGAUUCGGUGCCAGAAGAUAAAACUGAACGGUAUAUACUUUACAUGGUGAACUUUGAUGGCUACAGCUCCUGUGAUCAUACCUCCAAAGGAUUCAAGAGAUGGGAGUGCAACCGGCCUCAUUCUCCCAAUGGACCAUUGAAGUUCUCAGAAAAAUUCCAACUCUUCACUCCCUUCUCAUUAGGAUUUGAAUUCAGGCCAGGCCGGGAAUAUUUCUACAUCUCAUCUGCAAUCCCUGAUAAUGGAAGAAGAGCCUGUUUAAAGCUGAAAGUCUUUGUAAGGCCUGCAAACAACUGUAUGAAAACUAUAGGUGUUCAUGAUCGUGUUUUCGAUGUUAACGACAAAGUAGAAAAUUCAUUAGAACCAGCAGAUGAUACGGUACAUGAAUCCGCUGAGCCAUCCCGUGGUGAGAAUGCAGCUCAGACCUUAAGGAUAUCCAGUCAGCCUUUUACAACUCUACUGUUCCUUCUAGCAAUGCUUUUGACGUUAUAGCACAUAUUCCAGCAAGCUGCCACAGUCAACUUAAGGAUCUUGGAACAUCAAAGAUCCACUUAACUGCUCAUCCCAGCAACGGGACUUUGUAUUGGUUUGAAGAUGUUGGUUUGUUCUCCUUCCCCCGUCUUCUCCCUUUCUCUCCUCUGCAACCUGAACUUUGAGCAAAAAUUGAAGAGGAAUAACUAGACCUCUUCCUACUCCCAAGCUUUUCCCUGGCUUUCCUUGAUCCCUUCUAAAAUAAAUGGACUCCAAAUGAAAACGCCAAAUUUCAAUAUUGACACUAGUGAUUCUUACGUUCCUCUGCAGCCUCUCUUUAAGAUACUGCCCGGUUAAUUCACUGGGUCAUCCAUAUGUGGAGAAGGAAGAAUAAUAGGAGAUGCAGUUAGUUGAAGAAUAAGGAAGUUAUUUGAAAAAAAAACAAGAGAAGUUUUUUACUCUUUUCAAUAAAAUAUUUAUUUCUCCUUGUUCAGCACUGUAAGACGAUCAUGCAAUGCACUGUGUCACCAUGUCAGGACUGGAGGGAAGAUAUUAAGAAUAGAUAUAUCUCAGUGAACAGGCUCCUCAAAGAAAAGAGAUAUUAUUUGUAUGCAACUGCCUUGAAAGGUCCUUGACUGUAGAAGUUAUGCUCCAUAACAGAAACUCUGUCAUAGGGGAUAAAAAAGUGACUACUGACAUGCAAGGUCAGGUUUAGGAAACUAUGUCGGAGUGAUAGUGCCUCUGUUAUCGCUCUAGGUGGAUAGUGCACACCAGAUUACUUUUGACUUAGAUAUCAUGGUGCUACAACAAUUUUUGUUCAAAUGCAAAAAGGCAUUUCUGCACUUCUAAAAUAUCUUUUCUGUGUGAAUAAAGUGACCUUUCCCAAGGCUGGCUUAGUAGCCAGUAGCCUUGGAUCUAGCUCUGGAUGAUGAUACAUACCAUGUUGAUAACAUCUCAGGGUGGAGCAAACCUGGUGAGUGAUAUAGAAUCCCCAGUGUCAUGGAUAAUUCUGCCUCCUUGAAAGUUUGGCAACUCUUGGAGUAAAAUGCUGCCAGAAAGGAACCAGGACAUUUGUCAUAGAGGGUGGAGGGGAGUUCUGCAUGGGAAGAACAGAGAACAGGAAGAUUGCUUUGAACUGUGGGGUGAAAGUUGAGGGAUUGAUCUCAUCUCUCUUCUUUUCCAACACAGUUGAAAAUUAGUGUAAAUGUCUUCAUUGGCAGGAGAUAUAAACUAGACAGACUCCCAAAGACUUUUAACUAUUUUGUUGCUUUUAAAAAUCCACUAGAAUAGAAAAUACAUUAUCUAGAUAUACCUUAUGCUGAAAAUAAUUAUAUAUGCUUGUCCUAUUUAAAGAUGAUAAAAUGUGGUAAUUUGUGACAGGAUUAUGGGGUGCUGAUUGGUUGAAAUCGGGGAUGAAUCCUUAGGCAGCUGUGAUAUAGCCUCAUAAAAUAUUUACCAGGAAAUGCCUUCUUUAUAGUAUUCCAUUAACUUAGGCAGACCAAAUUUAGAUUUACUAAAUAAGAGAGAUCAUGAAAGCUACUUAGCAAACUUAGUUUUCUCUCAAAAUUAGUGGAAAAAAACUUUUUAAAAAAUGAGGUUAGGCUUCACUGAAUUUUCACAAGAUAGCAAAGAAAGAGUUUAAUACUAAAUCAUAAUGCAAAUGGACAACAUUUUGAAAAUGCCUUUUUGUAUUAUGAAAAGAAAGCAAUUUUUUUCUUUUAAAAAAGUUGCAGUAUUUCAGGAUUCAAAAAUAGCAUAAAUAAAAUGGUAAAUAUAAGGCACUCUGGGCUUGCCUGAUACCACAAAGUCUGGGCUGUAUUUGAAAGCACAGAGAUGUCUGAUAUAGCACACAAAUUAAAAAAAAUAGUUUCAUAAUCAACACAGAGGAAUGGCACUGCUUUCCUCAGAGUGCAAUCAAUCAGUCUCCUCUCUUCAACGUGUAUUUUUGGUGCAUACGUAGGAAGGGAUGACCUUGAAAAUAGUGAUCAAGGCAAAGACAGUGUUGCACAUGAAUUAAGAUCCUACAAGUGUAACCUACCAAUUGCAAAUAUGAGUCGCACUGUUUGUUGUCCUAACAAUGGCUAUAGCUAUUUUUUCAUCAUUUAUCUACCAAUAAUAAAAGGCUGGACUCACUUGCCUCAAUAGCACGCUUUCUAAACCACAGAUUGUCACCACAGUGAAUUCAAACUUUUGCUUUGCCACAGCGCCACUGCUAAUCUAAUGAAUAAAAGCAACACUGUAAUUACAGUUCAGAUGCUAAUUGCUACACUGCCUCAAAUGCAGAUUUGUCGGCAGUAGGUUUACAGGACCUUCGGAUAUUUGAUGGCAUCAGGCAAUCUUAUUAAGCAAGAAAUGGCCAUGUUCACAGGACAUAGUGAGACAUAAGACUUGAUUAGUAUAAAUACUUCUGAACAGCACCGAUACUAAACCAUCCAUUUGUAUGUUCCAUCUGAAAGCAAAUCAUAGCUCCUUAUCAAUGAAAUUAGCCAUAAGCAAGCCAUAGUUUUAUUCUAUGGUAUGUGCAGGCCAUGAAUUGUAUCUCCUUGGAACUGAUAUUUAACAAGGUUUGCUGCUCAUGCAGGAACACUGAUGCUAACCAAGCCUUAUGGUGCAUUCAUGCAAAUGUGGCCAGUGCCUGAAAUUUUUUUAAUCUCUCCCACUUGGGUAUGUGUGUGUGUGCGUGUUGUCCUGACGUCUUCAAAAAGAUGCCAGUAUGUACGUUUAUAAUAGCCCCUGUUCUCAAGCAUGAAAUAUGAGAUACAACAUUUGGUCCCCCUCAAUUCAGACAGUCUGCCCUGUGCCAUCCAGUCCGAGUUUGCUGAGGGCUUUGCAAAAGGUAGCAGGGAAAUAAGGAUUGAUCUGUGUGGUGGAUACUGUGUAUCCUUUAAUAGACAACAAGGUAACAUUUUGUGUUAGUUUAGAAAUAUUGUUUUGUACUGUACUUUCUCAGCUGGCGAAGGAAAGACAAGUUAAGACAAAAAAAUGCUAUGUUCUUUAAAUUCUGUAUUAUUAGCAGCCUCUGUUGUACAUAGUGUUUGAUAAUAAAGUAUUAAUUUGAUUAUUAUGUCUUUUGUAAGUGAGAAGAAAAUAGAUUUUCGUGAUAUUAAAAUUUAAAUAAACAAUUCACCUUCUGAAUAUAUCCCCCCUCCCCCAAAUCCAUCAUGGCUAUUGAAGAUGUAGCCAUCACAGGUCACUCCCCAUACAGGAUUCACUCAUGAAAGCCAUUCAGCCACUCUCAAGAUUUCACAAUGGCAGGACUUGGAAUAUUGUGGCAUCUGAUUAUCGAUGUUUUGUCUGUGGAGUUAAUGGUCUAUUGUUGGAAGCCCAUGGUAUUUUUCUUUGAGUGCUAAGUUUUCAUUAGCAUGUGGAUUCACAACAGCUUGGAUUUUAUUCUUCUUUUAUUGUGAGAACAUUUUUUUCUCUUUCCAGUUGUUUAAUCCUUUUUCAUUUUCAUGGGUGAUUGUUUCAAAAAGGGGCCUUCCCAGCAACAUAUGUGAUAAUGUACAGUGACUUGAUUCCUCACCCCAUUGAACACCAAAUGUAGCAGGGGUUAUAUGUAAAUAAUUUUCUUUCCUGUAUAACCAUUGGAGGAGAGAAAUAAUAGCUACCAAGGGAAUAUGUGUGUUUGGAGUUUUUUCACAUAUUUUAUGAAAGCAGUGGCUGAAUCAAUUUUUGAAAAUUUUGAAAAAUAACCCUUUUCCAUUUUUUCCAUAAGUCCAGUUAUGUAAUUUUAAUAAUCUUCUUUCCAUCUACUGUACAUCAGAUUCCUCUUUUUCUUCCCUGCUACCAAGUCCCCUUAAGUUCUCAUUAAAAGUGGAGCAGUGAAUAGGCUAUUUCUAUUUCUAACUUGCAGUGCCCUACUUUUGCCAUGCCUUCACCCAUGUUUUUCAUAUUUGAGACUAAUCUCCCUGCCAAAAUCUUACUGCCAUUUUCUGAACAGUUUAAUAGAUGCUGGCAUAGUGGAGGUUGCCCAUGAGCCUACAGAAUCUGCUUUCCAUGGUUACCCUUGAUGGCCUAAAGAAGCCACUGAUUGUGUCCUGGGUAUGAAAGUCCAACUCAGUGUGGUCCUGUCCUUGUACUGCCCUGCUUUGCAGUUUCUUUGCACUUAUUUAUUGAGUGCUGUUUUUAAAAUGCUUACAUUAUAUGAAUUUAACAAAAAGUGUUAAAAAAACAAACCCAUAAAAUCUGUAUUUGUAUAUACACGUGUCCGUACAA